AUGCAAUCUCACUCAUUCUCCUACACAUGUGAUACUGUUGACGAGUCCUCCAUUUCACUCUCACUUGGCCCUCCUGGUACUCACCACAAACCCAAACUAUUGUCCACAACAAAUCACUCACCUUCUACUACUCUGCAUCAUAAUCAUCACCAAAACCUUACCACUGAUGGUGAUGACCAGAAUGGUGUAACAGUCGCACUUCGCAUUGGCCUUCCAACCACCAUAUCACAAAACAACACAACUAUUACCAAACCAGAUCAUCAUCAUUUUCCUUCCGCUCCGAUUCAAGGUCAAUAUUGGAUCCCUUCUCCUGCUCAAAUCCUUAUUGGACCAACACAGUUCUCUUGCACAGUCUGCAAUAAAAUGUUCAACCGUUUCAACAACAUGCAGAUGCAUAUGUGGGGACAUGGGUCUCAAUAUAGGAAAGGACCAGAAUCUCUAAGGGGAGUAAAACCAGCUUCAUCCAUGUUGAGGCUUCCGUGCUAUUGCUGUGCAGAGGGAUGCAAAAACAACAUAGAGCAUCCAAGGUCAAGACCACUGAAGGAUUUCAGGACACUUCAGACACACUACAAGAGGAAACAUGGAGCAAAGCCAUUUGGGUGUAGAAAGUGUGGGAAACCCUUUGCAGUGAGAGGAGACUGGAGAACACAUGAGAAAAACUGUGGAAAACUUUGGUUCUGCAUCUGUGGAUCUGACUUCAAACACAAGAGAUCACUCAAAGAUCAUGUUCGUGCUUUCGGUGACGGUCACGCUCCACACACCGUCGAGAGUUGUGAAGAUCAGGAAGUUUUGUUAGGUGAUGAAUACGAUGACGAUUUUGAAGGAGAUGAAAAUGAUGAAGAUGAUGAUGAUGAUGAUAAUAUUGAUAACAUGGAUGGAAUAAUUUUUGGUUUUAAUUAA